CGCUGGGCGCCGGGAUCGCGCCUCCGCUCUGCCCGCAUCGGAGCCUCGUUCUGCCUCGUGCGUCUCUCUGGCUUCUUUUUUUUUUUUUUUCGAGUCGCGUGGGUGUGUUUGUGUGUGCGCGCGUGAACGAGACCGAGGAUGGACGCGUGCGCGUGUCGGUGAUCGCGAGCGCCGAGCUGCAAAGGGUGGGAGCGCUCGAGGAGGCGAUCUAUUCCGCGCAAUCGAAACAUCUCGGCGCAACAUUUUUGUUCUUCUUCUUUCUUUUUUCUCUCGCGGCAAAAGCUUCAGCCAAGAAGACACAAAAUAUCCUGCAUUUGAAGGAUACAGAAUUUUGACAGAAUUGUUGAACCGAAUUUUUUACCGCAAAACGAAAUAGUCAGUGAGUGAGUGAGUGUCGCUUCCUGACAGCCCCCAGAAAAAGUGAAGUAUUACACGGUUUAAACCGGGGGGAAAUAUUAUACAUACAUAUACACAUAAUAUAAUAUAUGCUGUGAAGGAGCCCGAAGAAGGAGGAGUCGCCGGCCGGUAAAAAAAAAAGUAAUGGCACUUUUCUAGCUGGGACUCCGAACAGACGGCAGCAGGAAUGCGUUCGCUCACACCGUGAGGAAUUUUCACACUCUCUGUCUGUGUCCAUCGAGGAAAAUGCGGCGCUGAAGUUCGCACCCCGACCUCUGCGCUCGAGAGCCCCAGUACUGCUCGAGUAGUCCGACACUGACACUGCCCAGUCUGGAGAGCGCGCAGUGAAGUGAAUGAGCUUCCCCAUGAGAGACCCGGUUAUUCCAGGAACGAGCAUGGCUUACCACCCGUUCCUGCCCCACCGGGCGCCGGACUUCGCCAUGAGCGCGAUGCUGGGCCACCAGCCGCCCUUCUUCCCGGCCCUGGCGCUGCCCCCCAGCGGCUCGCUGUCGCUGCCCGGCGCGCUCGGCAAACCCAUCAUGGAGCAGCUGGUCGGGGCGGCCGAGGGCGGCCUGCACUUCUCCUCGCUCGGGCCCCAGGCUGCGGCCGCCGCGGCCGCGCACCUCCGGCCUCUGAAGGCGCUGGAGCCCGAGGAGGACGUGGAGGAUGACCCCAAAGUUCACCUGGAAGCCAAAGACCUGUGGGAGCAGUUCCACAAGCGUGGCACCGAGAUGGUCAUCACGAAGUCUGGAAGGCGAAUGUUUCCCCCGUUUAAAGUGAGGUGUUCUGGUCUGGACAAGAAAGCCAAGUACAUCUUGCUGAUGGACAUCGUGGCGGCCGACGACUGCAGGUACAAAUUCCACAACUCGCGCUGGAUGGUGGCGGGGAAAGCUGACCCCGAAAUGCCAAAGAGGAUGUACAUCCACCCGGACAGUCCGGCCACGGGCGAGCAGUGGAUGUCCAAGGUGGUCAACUUUCACAAGCUGAAACUGACGAACAACAUCUCGGACAAGCAUGGCUUUACGAUUCUGAACUCCAUGCACAAAUACCAGCCGAGGUUUCACAUCGUGCGCGCGAACGACAUCCUCAAGCUCCCCUACAGCACCUUCAGGACGUACGUGUUUCCCGAGACCGAGUUCAUCGCCGUGACGGCCUAUCAGAACGACAAGAUCACACAACUGAAAAUAGACAACAACCCGUUUGCGAAGGGAUUUCGUGACACUGGCAACGGCAGGAGGGAGAAAAGAAAGCAGCUGGCUCUGCAGUCCUUGAGAUCCUACGAGGAGCAGCACAAGAAGGACAGUGGCACGUCGGAGGACUCGGACCCGGCCUCCCUCAAGUGCUUCGGUCCGGCGUCAGCAGUCGGAGGCUCUGCGCUAAAGGAGGUUUGUGAAAGCGACGAAGACAGUGACGAGGAGAGCAAAGACGGCAGCCCGCAGGACGGACAGGACUCCAGCAAGAUCAGCACCACUACAGAGGACGGGAGGGACGACGGGGCGCUCGCCACCAAAGCGCACUUGCUCACCAACAGUGUCGGCGCAGGCCGAGAGCGAGAGAAAGCGCCCAGGACUGAGAAAAGCCACGCGGAUUCCAGGCAGAGCCCAGUGACCAUCACCUCGAGCACUAUGAGAUCUUUAGGUGGGGAUGAACUGAAGAGCCCGACACGAGAGCCACCCAAGGCGGACGACUGCAGGUCCAUGAGCAAGGAGAACUACAUGCCCUUGACUGUUCAAACGGACAGCAGUGCUCAGAUCAGCCAGGGUCAUUUGCAUAAUUUUGGAUUUCCUCCAGGUUUGGCGGGACAGCAGUUUUUCAACCCGCUGGGAGGCGCUCAUCCUUUCCUUCUUCACCCCAGUCAGUUUAACAUGGGAGGAGCUUUUUCGAACAUGGCGGCCGCAGGCAUGGGCCCCUUAUUGGCAGCCGUGUCUUCUGGAGGGGUCAAUACCAUGGACACCACAAGCAUAACGUCCCCACCGCAAGGCCUAGCCGGAACGCCCGGACUGCCCUUUCACCUUCAGCAGCAUGUUCUAGCAUCACAGGGACUCGCCAUGUCUCCCUUUGGAGGCCUCUUCCCUUAUCCCUACAACUACAUGGCGGCUGCUGCUGCCGCUUCCUCUGCGGCCUCGUCCUCGGUGCACCGGCACCCUUUUCUGAACGCCGUGCGACCCCGUCUGCGCUACAGCCCCUACUCCCUGCCCAUGGGGGUGCCGGACAGCAGCUCUCUGCUCACCACAGCCCUCCCCUCAGUGACUGGCAGCUCUGAGGACCUGAAAGGCGGCGGCGGCAUGGCCACAAGUCCUGGACCAGGCGCCCUCGACUCCACCUCCGAUUUGAACAGCAGGUCGCCCACCAGGUCGUCGGGCUCCGUGUCUAUUUCACCCAAAGGUGGACCUCAGAAGGACGCUGCGAACGAACUGCAAAGCAUUCAGCGCCUCGUCAGCGGACUGGACUCACAGCAGGACAGGCCAAGAAGCAUGUCUCCUUAGGAAAGAACCGGAAGGGUCAUAUAAGCAUCAACAGCGACAGCAUCAAUAAUGGAUUAUUAUUAUUAUUAUUAUUAUUAUUAUUAUUAUUAUUACAGCACGGUCAUUUCUGUCCUGUACCAGGUUGGUUUACUGACUUGUCCAAGCGUUGGCUUUUUAUUGCACUUUCGUAAGGAAAUCUGUGUACUGUACUUUACCGUACAGUGAGCCGCGCGCCCACCGACACGGUCGGUAACAGUGAAUAUGAGAUACACACGAAGCUGCUAUGUCCAUGUUCUGUUUUAUACUUCACGGUGCUGUGUGUGGAGAAAAGGAACCGCUUUAAUUUAAAAAAAAAAAAGGCGGUCGGACCGGGUGCGCGGCGCUGCGCGCGUUCUUUUUCGGCGAAACGGCGUCAAAGUUUGAAAUGCGACGCAAAUCCUUGGGUUCUAUAAUUUUGUACGUGAUGCAAAAAGGAAGAGUUUGCAUGUCCGGAGUGCGACUUAAAAUGUGCUAUUUUAACAUGACCAAAAACGGAAAUUAUGCGAAAUGACAAGGUUGUGCGUUAAGACCAUCGUUAAUAAUAAUAAAAAAAAAAACGUGGAAAAGCGCGCGCGACGCCUUUUUCCCGCCUUUUCGCGCGCUUUCCCGCGGCUGCACAAUUUCAAUCAUACUGUCUUUAAAUGGGGGAGGGGAUGUGAAAGAAAGUUCGAGAAAACAUCGAGUAUAAAUAUAAAAUGAUCUGUAUAUGAAAAUAUUUAUGUAAUUAUUUGGCAGCGCGUGUACAUACGUCCCGUUUGACGCCCGCAGGUUUCGCCCUUAAUUUAUUGUUCCUGUAUAUAUAUCCGUGUGUAAAGAUUGUUCGUGAGCUUCUCUUUCCGUCCUGCGCACUUCACGGUCCUCCUCGUAGGCAGUCAGAGUGUCAGAGUGUCAGAGUGUGAGGUGCCCACUUUCCCGUCCCAAAUACCCCCCGACCCCCCUAGGACUCGGGCGAAGCUGUGCUAACGCGCGCUCCCGCGGCUCGGCUCGGCUCGGCUCGUCUCGGCUCGGCCCGGUAGUGGAGAUGCUGCUCCCUCAUCACCGCACUGCUCGUCCACAUGGUUUCCUCCAAAAACCCUGUACAAACACAGCUGAACGUGAAAAGUGCCGAAUCUCACAGGAUUACAAGGUUUCGUUUGUGAUUUAAAAGUUGUCUUUUAGAUUCUGUACUCUUGGAAUAUUCUUUUGUUCCUUUGUCUCCGUUUUGUUAACAGCGUUCAAUG